CCCGGCGGGCUGGCUGGCUGGCGGCGGCCGCGCUCCGCUCCGACGUGCAACCGUGGACCGCAGGACCAAGGCCAAUCCAGAAAGAACCUUUGACUUGGUAUUGAAAGUGCAAUGUCAUGCCUCUGAAAAUGAAGGAAGUACUACAGAGCGUGCCAAAGUUCUGUUUCCCUUUUGACGUUAAAAGGGUGUCUCAAAACCAAGUUGGACAGCACUUUACCUUUGUACUGACAGACAUUGAAAGUAAGCAGAGAUCUGGAUUCUGCAGACUCACGUCAGGAGGCAAAAUUUGUUUAUGCAUCCUUAGUUACCUGCCAUGGUUUGCAGUGUAUUACGAGCUGCUGAAUACUCUGGCAGAUUACUUGGCUAAGGAACUGGACAAUGAUUUGAAUGAAACUCUCAAAGCACUCUAUCCCCACCCAGUACCAAAGGCAAACACUCCUGCCAAUUUGAGUGUGCAUUCCUGCUUCAUCGCCCCUGAUGCGACUGGGCUCCCAACAAUGCCCGAGAGUGGGAACCUCGCGGAGCACUUUGUGGCGGUGGACGCGGGCACCGUGCUGCCGCUGCAGGCCCGCAUGGCACACGAGCGCGUCCUCGUCACCUCCGGCAAACUGAGCGCUUCAACCGCGUGUCUGCACGGGUCGGCGGCUCUGCUGUGCCCGAUGUACUGGCAGCACAUCUACAUCCCCGUGCUCCCUCCCCACCUGCUGCACUACCGCUGUGCCCCGAUGCCAUACCUGAUUGGAAUACACUCCAGCAUCAUAGAGAGAGUGAAAAACAAAUCAUCAGAAGAUGCGGUCAUGUUAAAUGUUGAUGCAAACACUUUAGAGUCACCGUUUAACGACUUGCACAACCUACCCAGUGAUGUGGUCUCGGCCUUGAAAAAUAAACUGAAGAAGCAGUCUACAGCUACGGGUGAUGGAGUAGCCAGGGCCUUUCUUAGGGCGCAGGCUGCUUUGUCUGGAUCCUACAGAGAUGCAUUGAGACACAAACCCGGUGAGCCCGUCACUUUCUGCGAAGAGAGUUGCGUCAAGCACCGCUCAAGUGUGAUGAAGCAAUUCUUGGGAACUGCAGUUAACCUCCAACUUUUUAAGCAGUUUAUUGAUGGUCGACUGGCAAAGCUAAAUGCAGGAAGAGGUUUCUCUGAUGUAUUUGAAGAAGAGAUCACUUCAGGGGGCUUUUGUGGAGGGAACCCGAGGUCCUAUCAGCAGUGGGUGCACACAGUCAAGAAAGGAGGAGCACUGUUCAACACAGCAGUGACCAAAGCCACUCCUGCUGUGCGGACAGCGUAUAAAUUUGCAAAAAGUCAUGCAAAGCUGGGACUGAAGGAAGUGAGGAGUAAGUUAAAACACAAGGAAAAUGAAGAAGAUUAUGGGACCUGCCCUGGUUCUGUGCAGCACACCCCAGUCUACAUGCUGCAUAACGAAAAGGGAGGAAACGAAAAGCUCAGGCUUGCCCAGGCCCGCUGAAAAAGACCUCGUCAGAGCCUCGAUGGUGCUCUGGACAACGAGGAUGACGAGGACGGCGAACGAGCAAGCAGGGUGUCUUCGGAAGACGGCGAAGAAGCUUCUGCCUAUUUCUAUGAAAGUGACGACUCUGUGGAAACCGGAGUGAAGACGCCGUGCUCAGGAGGGAUGGACUUGCUGGGAGAGAUCCUGGGUACCCUGAGCACACACAGCUCGGACCAGGGGAAGCUGGCAGCCGCGAGGAGCUUGGACGUUUUUAGAUCCAUGGAUGAUAUUGAUUGCAAACCUACGAAUAAAUCCAACGCCCCCAGCGAGAGCAACCUGGCCCUGCUGGGCGGCGGCUCUGGCGGCCAGGCCGAGUGGCACCUGGGCCAGGACGACUGCGCCCCUCACGGCCGGCACCUGCCCCCGGCCCCCGCAAGCGGGUCGGGCCGGGUGUCCUCCAGCGGGCCGGCCGAGUCCCUCUCCAUCCUGCGGGAGGAGAGCAGCGAGAAGCCGCCCAGCGCGGACGCGGGGGUGGCCCUGCCGGGGGCGUCGGGAGCGGACGUCCACCUCGCGGCCCCUGGAGGUUCCUCGACUGAUGAAGGAAAGAUAGAAGAGGAGGAGACACUAAGCCAGACCUCCGACGAUCCACUCUUACCCCGCCCCGGGCGGCAUCCCUCGACUUUCGUUCCGUGGGAAAAAGAAGCCCAAGAGCCUCCGGCAGCCCCCGGACUGCCGCACGAGGUCGCGUCGCUGGGCCACAGGGCGUCCGACUUCCAGCAGAGCCCGAACUUUUCAGAAGAAAGCACGAGUGGAAACCAAGCCUGAGUCUCACAUCCCAGCUUCUGCAGAGACGUUUCA